AUACACACACAUAUCUAGAGAUAUAUAUACAUACACAUUCAUACACACAUAUAUAUAUAUACACACAUAUUAACACCAGCCGCGUGUCAGUUUCCUAUUCUUUCCGAGUGUUUUACCUGUCCCCCUCUUCUGCACUAUACAACAAUAGCGAUACCAGUCAUUCGGGGAAAUAAGAGGGGACAAUAACAUAACAACCCACAACAACAACAAUAAUAAUAAUAAUAAAGGACCAUCGCCGUGUCCAACAUCACAAUUUUGUUCGCAUCUUAAUUAACCAAACCGGACCUAAUUGCCUCUUAAAUUGACUUUUUGUUCUCCCUCCCCAAACACCACGGAUUGUUAAUUACGCGGAUAUUGCUGUUGUGUGUAGCACAUAUCUAGGAAGUGUCUACGUCUAUCGAGGCGUACAUGUAUAUAAGCGAGUGGCCGAGAUCACCGAGACAGAUAAACAGACACUAAAAAGCGGAUGUCUACGUCCACCGAGGCACGUACACACUUACAAGCGGGUGUCUACGUCCAUCGAGGCACUACACAUAUAUAUGAGCUGGUGUCUACGUCCACCGAGGCACACAGAUACACAAACACCUAAGUUCGCUGAGACACAAGAAGGCGCCUAAGUCCACCGAGGCACAGAAAUAUACAAACAAGCGGGUUUUUAAGUCCAUCGAGUUACACAGAUGUACAGACACAUAAUCGCAUGUCUACGUCCACCGAGGCACAUAGGGACUCUUGUAAACGGGAGUUCUCGUCCAGCGAGGCAUACAGAUACAUAUACACUCACAGAAGCGAGUGUCUAAGUCCACCGAGUCACAUAGUCGAACACCGACCCAACACGACCCCUCCCGGUGUUGAAACCCACGUUAAUUUGGCCCCCAGCGGAAUCGAAACCCAAAUCCUUUUAAUCAGAGAGAGAGAGAAAAACACAUCACCAUCUUUGGACAUCAUCCGUUGUCUUUCUUCUUCUUCGUCAUUCAUCAACGUUGUCAAUUAAUUAGUUAAUUAAUUAAAUAAUUAAUUAAUUAAGUAGAACGAGCACUGUGUUCUUUUUGCCGCCCUUAAUUGACCUCGAAUGUCCCAGGCUUUUCGUUUAACCACCACCACCACCACCGUCGUCAUCACUUAACACUUAACACCAAUCGUCGUCAUCAUCAUCGUCAUCAUCACCAUCGUCAUCACCAUCACCAUCGUCAUCAUCAUCAAUCGUCGUCGUCAUCAUUAUCAUCGUCGUCAUCAGACGUAAUCCCAGACCUGAUCGCGAGACCAAAAAACCGUUUUUCUUCACAAAGGCCAAAAACACCACGAGGAGUCUACACACACACCACCAGGGACAACAACAACAGCAACAACAACCACCAUUAGUCUUAUCAUCAUUACUAUAAUUACUAUUAGUAGUAGUAGUAGUAAUUAGUAUUAGUUUUUACCACCACUACUAUUGCUGCUGUUGUUAAUAUCGGUGUUUUGCCAUCAUCUACGUUUCGAGUUCGAUUCCAGACCUCACCGGAAGUCACCGAAACAAGAACCUCCGUCUCAACAUAUUUAUACAUACAUACACAUAAGUAUUCAUAUAUAUAUACACUCACAAACACGCAUUAGUAAAUACAUUCCUACACGUAUAUACACACAUAUAUACAUUCGUACAUAGAAAUACAUCCGUGUGUGUAUGUAUAUAUACAUGUUUUGAAUAGGUUGGUAUAUAAAAACCUGACGGGUUUGGGCCCUUGCGGCCCUCACUUAAUCUAGCAAUUAAUUAAAUUCAACAAUAUAAUAAUAAUAAUAAUAAUAAUAAUAAUAACAAUCCUGAAAAACAAGAAAAGGGAAGAGUUGUGGAGGCGAGAAUGCAUCGCCAGGAAGACGACGUGCAGGUGCCCUGCCUGUCGGGGAUUUUGGAUCUGCAGAGAAUGUGCCAAGAAGAGAACGUGAAGUUCUCGUCGGAGACCAACAGAUAUUUGGUCUAUCUGAUGCUGAAGAAAGUCGGCCCCAUGAUGGCAUCGAAGCUGCUAGACAGACUGAUGGAAAGUGGUGAGAUCCUGUGGGACAAAGAUGAAAAAUACGAAGUGGAAGCUGUGGUGGAUCACACAGAUGAUGAGGAUGUGAAUUAUUAUUACAUCAAAUGGAAAGGCUGGAGUAGUGAGUUCAAUACCUGGGAACCUGAGGCUAACCUGGAAUGCCACGAACUGAUCGACGAAUACCACAGAAAAAGGGCUGCUUUGAAGUCACGCAAACGAUCCACACCCGACAACCGCAACUCUGGGGAUGUGGUGAACAAGCGGCGGCGCGUGGAGGAGCUCUUCGACAAACUGUUCCGAUCUCCUGUCCACGAACGGAUCACGCCGAUGCAGAUCAUGUCGCUGACCACAGUGAAACACGGCGGCGCUAACAAGAUCAUUAAGGGCCUCAUGAUGUGUAAGGACCGGAAGCCGAGGCGCAUCCGACACAACAACUACAACAACACCAAGAGCAAACACUACAAGCAGACAAAACACAUGGUGCAGAUGGCGCUCAGGGAAUGGCAGGACAAGUUGAACGCCGUGUGUGCCGACCCUUCGCCCAUAUGUGUUGAGAACUUGGUCGACCUGGAAGGGCCGCCCGAGAACUUCGAAUACAUCAACGACUACAAAGCGAUGGAUGGCAUCGACAUCCCACAGGAUCCCCUCGUGGGGUGCGAGUGCACGGACUGUUACGGUGAGCGAAAGUCAUGCUGCCCGGCCAACUGCGGCACGGAGUUUGCAUACUAUCGCGGCAAGCGGCUCAGGGUGGGACGCGGCGUCCCGAUAUAUGAGUGCAACCGGCGGUGUAAGUGCGGGCCCGAGUGCCCGAAUCGGGUGGUUCAGCAAGGUCGCAAGUUCAAAGUGUGUGUCUUCCGCACAUCCAACGGGCGCGGAUGGGGCGUGAAAACUGUUCAGAAAAUUAAACGAGGAUCUUUUGUGAUGGAAUACGUUGGUGAGGUAAUAACAAAUGAAGAAGCAGAGAGACGAGGCAAACGUUACGAUGCUGAGGGUCGAACCUACCUGUUUGACUUAGAUUACAACGACGGCGAUUGCCCGUUCACUGUGGACGCCGGUUACUAUGGAAACGUGUCGCAUUUUGUGAACCAUUCGUGUGACCCCAAUUUGGAAGUGUUUGGCGUGUGGAUUAACACCCUUGAUCCACGCUUACCUCGGAUCGCUUUGUUUGCCAAACGAGAUAUUGCUAAGGGAGAGGAGUUGACCUUCGACUACAUGAUGACAGUCGAUGCCAACCAAUCAGCGUUCAACACUUCUACCUCCUCUGCAAUGGCCGACCCCUCGUCCCCAGGAGCCAACAAGGGCGGCGACCACACGGACGAACCCGUCAAGAAGCUGCCCAGCCGCAUGGGGCUGCUCUCUCACACAACGGAUUGCCAUGGAAACGACACCGCUACCGCCACCACCACCACCAACAAUAACAACAACAACAACGAGGAAGGUUCAACUACCCCUGCGUCGGCUGCGCCCACCACGGGCCUAGCCGAGCCCCCAGCGGCCAACCCCGACAACUCGCAAGUCACGCAGCCUCACAACAACAACAGCAAUAACAACACCACCACCAUGAACGGAGCAGAUGAUGACGAUGACAAAAGCAGCUCAACAGAAGUCGUCACCAAUACUGUAGACAAUGCUUCUCUCCCCGACGGCCAAGGCAUCGAGGCUCCUACUUCGCUACCUCGCAACGACGCCAAGCUAACAGAGGACGGGAAGCAAUAUCGCAUCGUGUGCCAGUGCGGUGCAGCAAACUGCAGAAAAUACCUGUUUUAACGGUGCCAGGUGGUGCACAGUGCACUCUACAUAGCCACAUACCUAUAUUUAUAUAUAUGUAUACAUACAUUCAUACUUACAUACAUACACACACAUGCAUUCAUACUUAUAUGAUCAGACAUAUUCCAAAGAUACUGGGUGAUGGUCUGCAUUGGAAAGGCUCGCAUAUAGUAAAAUGGAUAAACAAGGUGCAGUAAACUUGCGGGGAGGCAUGGAAGAUCCAACGUUUCAUGUGGUGUUCUUCUCCAGAGAAAAGCUGACUGGUGCACGCAUGGUCAUGUGGUAAGAAGCUUGCUUCCCAACCACGUGGUUCCGGGUUCAGUCCUACCGUGUGGCACUUUGGGAAAGUUGUCUUCUAUUAUAGCCUUGUGAGUAGAUUUGGUAGACAGAAACUGAAAGA